GAGGACGGGUCGGCCCGGCCCUUCCCCAACCUGCCGGCCGCGUGGACUCUGGCCGCGCGCUCGGCCGUUGCCGGGAUGUGGUGUUGGCGGCGCGCGGGGCAGGAGCUGCAGAGGCCCCUCCGCGAGCGGCUCCUGCUGUCGCCCGGCUGGGGGUCACGCGCUGGGGCCGCCGCCGCCGCCUCCUCCCUGCCCAGCGCGAGCCCGGGCGGUUGGUACGAGGCGCUGGCCGAGUCGGCCCCCGUGCACUGGGCGGAGAGCGGGCUGGUGGCGCUGCAGGCGGGCACCGGCCUGCCCUGGUGGCUCAGUAUCGUGUGUGCCGGCGCCGCCCUGCGCACCGGCCUCACCCUGCCGCUGGCCGCGCACCAGGGCCACAUCCUGGCCAAGCUGGAAAAUUUGCAGCCUGAAAUAGAAAACCUAGCUAAGCGUCUUCGCUAUGAAGUUUCAAUUCGUGGGAAGCAACUGGGUUGGUCUGAAAAAGUUGCUAGGUUCCAUUUCAGGAAGAAUAUGGGAAGAAUUGUUUCAGAAUUGUAUAUUCGAGACAACUGCCACCCCUUCAAGGCUAGUCUGUUGAUGUGGAUACAGAUUCCAGUGUGGGUGUUUGUUUCCAUAGCUUUGAGUAACUGCAGUGUAGGUGCAGCAGACUCAGAAGUCCUUGCAGUUCAGGAACAGCUGUCGACAGGUGGAACCCUGUGGUUUACAGACCUUACUGUACCAGAUUCUACAUGGAUUUUGCCAGUCUCACUUGGGCUCCUCAAUUUGCUGAUAGUGGAGAUCUUUGCUCUGCGAAAACUUGAACUGUCCAGGUUCCAGAAGUAUGUUACCAACUUCAUUCGAGGACUGUCAAUACUGAUGAUUCCUAUUGCUGCAACUGUACCUUCAUCCAUGGCUUUGUACUGGUUAUCCUCCAGCUUCAUGGGACUCUCACACAACCUGCUACUGCGCUCUCCAACUUUUCGUCGACUGUGCCACAUACCAAGGACCAAGUCUGACUCAGACACUCCUUAUAGGGAUAUAGUCUCUGCCUUUUAUACUAAGUACUUUUUAAAAAAGUGAUUCAUUUUGCAUUGGUGGAAGAACUACCCUAUACAGGCAACUUGAGUAAUUUAUAAGUCAUAUUGUAUUGAAAUGUACCUAUUUAAUAUGGGGCAAGUCUAUGCUACCACGCUACAUCAGCUCACCUGGUGAAGAAACGCUAUGCUGAUGGGAGGGCGUCUCCCACCGACAUAGCACGGUGUGGACACUGCUUUAAGUCAAUGUCACUCUACGUCGCUCAUGGGUGUGAAAAAGCCAUCCCCUGAGCGACGAAAGUUACAUCAACUGAAGCAGUAGUGUAUCCAAGCCCUGAGUGUCUCCUUAAAGAGAAUGUGAAAGGCUGUCGUUGGAACUGUAUUUUUCCUAAUAAAACAGGGGCUGUCUCUGACAA